UCGGAUGUCAUGAUUUUGACCGUGUUUUGCCUCAGUGUCUUUGCUUUAAUCGGUCUACAGCUUUUUAUGGGCCAUUUAAGACGCAAGUGUGUUGUAUGGCCAAUUGACAUGAGUGAAACAUAUUUGUCCAAUGGCAGCAGAGGGUUUGACUUUGCUGAAUACAUAAUGAAUGACACAAAUUUUUACAAAAUCCCUGGGGCUCUUGACCCAAUACUUUGUGGUAAUGGAUCAGAUGCAGGACAAUGUCCAGAGGGAUACACAUGUAUGAAAGCUGGGAAGAAUCCAAACUAUGGCUAUACUAGCUUUGACUCAUUUGGCUGGGCUUUUUUGUCCUUAUUUCGCCUUAUGACUCAGGAUUAUUGGGAAAACUUGUAUCAAUUAACUUUACGUGCUUCGGGAAAAACAUACAUGAUCUUCUUUGUUUUGGUUAUAUUUGUGGGGUCAUUUUACCUGGUUAAUUUAAUUUUGGCUGUAGUAGCUAUGGCUUAUGAAGAACAAAAUCAAGCAACAUUGGAGGAAGCAGAACAGAAAGAACAAGAAUUCAAAGCAAUGUUGGAACAACUAAAAAAGAUGCAGGAAGAUGCUCAGCAAAAUAAAGGAGAUGCGAGAAUGUCUCAGACAUCUUCAGAGUUUUCCAAGUUGAGCUCAAAAAGUGCUAAAGAAAGGAGAAACCGCAGAAAGAAACGAAAACAAAAAGAACUGUCUGAAGGAGAGGAAAAGGGAGAUAAUGAGAAGUUUUACGAGUCAGAAGAUGGCAUUAGAAGAAAAGGGUUCUGGUACCCUGAUACUAGACUGGGAAGAAAAUUUUCAAUUAUGAACCAGUCUCUUCUCAGCAUCCCAGGGUCUCCAUAUCUCUCUAGACAAAACAGCAAGAGCAGUGUAUUCAGCUUUAGAGGUCGUUUUCGGGACCCUGUCUCUGAGAAUGAGUUUGCAGAUGAUGAGCACAGUACAGUGGAGGAAAGUGAAGGCAGACGAGACUCCCUUUUCAUCCCGAAUCGCGCUCACAACAGGACGAAUAGUUACAACAGUGGAUACAGCCAAGGCAGUCGAUCAUCACGCAUCUUUCCGAACAUGAGGACAAACGUGAAAAGAAAUAGCACUGUGGAUUGUAACGGCGUGGUGUCACUGAUUGGCAGGCCGGGUUCCAACAUCCCUGGCGGACGUCUUCUGCCUGAGCCUACAACAGAGAUAGAAAUCAUGAAGAAGCUUUCUGGAUCUCUCAGAGUUUCUAUGGAUCAGCUAAAUGCAUCAUUUGGAAAAAAGCACAGAGCUAACAGUAUUUUGAGUGUUAUGACUCAGACACUUGUUGAAGAACUUGAAGAAUCCCAGCGGAAGUGUCCACCAUGUUGGUACAAAUUUGCAAACACCUUCCUCAUAUGGACGUGCUGCCCUUUGUGGCUGCGCAUUAAGGAAAUUGUAAACAUUAUUGUAAUGGAUCCCUUUGUGGACUUGGGAAUUACAAUUUGUAUUGUUCUUAACACUUUAUUCAUGGCUAUGGAACACUAUCCAAUGACAGAGGAAUUUGAUAAUGUUUUGAAAGUUGGAAAUCUGGUUUUCACUGGCAUCUUUACAGCUGAAAUGGUCUUAAAACUUGUAUCAAUGGAUCCUUAUUACUAUUUCCAAGAAGGUUGGAAUAUAUUUGAUAGUUUUAUUGUCUCUCUCAGUUUGAUGGAGUUGGGUCUUCAGGAUGUUGAAGGACUUUCUGUGAUGCGCUCUUUCAGACUGUUAAGAGUCUUCAAAUUGGCAAAAUCGUGGCCUACAUUAAACAUGCUGAUAAAAAUCAUUGGAAAUUCAGUUGGUGCCUUGGGUAACCUCACAUUGGUGCUGGCCAUUAUUGUGUUCAUUUUUGCUGUGGUGGGCAUGCAGUUAUUUGGCAAGAACUACAAGGAUUGCGUCUGCAAGAUAAAUCCAGAAUGUGUAUUGCCUCGAUGGCACAUGCAUGACUUCUUCCAUUCUUUUCUCAUUGUUUUCCGUGUAUUAUGUGGGGAAUGGAUAGAAACCAUGUGGGACUGCAUGGAAGUUGCUGGACAAGCAAUGUGCCUUGUGGUCUUUAUGAUGGUGAUGGUCAUUGGUAAUCUAGUGGUGCUGAAUCUGUUUCUUGCUUUGCUACUAAGCUCCUUCAGUGCAGACAAUCUGGCAGCCACCGACGACGAUGGUGAAAUGAACAACCUUCAGAUAGCCGUCAUUCGGAUUAAGCAAGGUUUAGCUUGGACUAAGAUCAGAGUUCAUGACUUUGUUCAAAAACACUUUAAAAAGAAAGGUGGAGAUGAGGUGAAACCAUUGGAUGACAUGUAUGAGAAGAAAAUGAACUGCUUGGCAAACCACACAGGACCUGAUAUUCACAGAGAUAUGGAUUAUCAGAAAAAUGGAAAUGGCACAACUAGUGGUAUUGGCAGUAGUGUGGAAAAAUACAUGAUAGACGAGGACCAUAUGUCUUUUAUAAAUAACCCAAACCUGACCGUCAAAGUGCCCAUUGCAGUUGGAGAGUCUGAUUUUGAACAUCUUAACACAGAAGAUUUUAGCAGUGUAUCAGAUGAAGAUGUAAGCUUUCUUACUUUAAAUCUAUGUACAAGCUCUUCAGAAGGAAGUACAAUAGACAUAAAGCCUGAAGAAGAAGAAGUUCCUGUUGAGCAGCAGCCAGAAGAGUAUUUAGAUCCAGAUGCCUGUUUUACUGAGGGUUGUGUGGCUCGCUUUAAGUGUCUUCAAGUCAGUGUGGAAGAGGGAUUUGGCAAAAGUUGGUGGACUCUCAGGAAAACCUGCUUUCUUAUAGUAGAGCACGCUUGGUUUGAAUCCUUUAUUAUCUUCAUGAUUUUAUUAAGCAGUGGAGCACUGGCUUUUGAAGAUAUUUAUAUAGAACAGAGGAAAACAAUCCAAACUAUUCUUGAUUACGCAGAUAAAGUUUUUACGUAUAUUUUCAUCCUGGAAAUGUUACUGAAAUGGUUGGCUUAUGGAUUUGUGAAAUUUUUCACCAAUGCCUGGUGUUGGCUGGACUUCCUCAUUGUUGAUGUCUCUUUAGUAAGCCUUGUAGCUAAUGCCAUGGGCUACUCGGAACUAGGUGCCAUUAAGUCCCUUAAGACCCUAAGAGCUUUGAGACCUUUAAGAGCCUUGUCACGAUUUGAAGGGAUGAGGGUGGUAGUCAAUGCUUUGGUCGGUGCGAUCCCAUCAAUUAUGAAUGUAUUACUGGUCUGCCUUAUAUUCUGGCUGAUUUUCAGUAUCAUGGGUGUGAAUCUGUUUGCUGGAAAAUACUAUUAUUGCUACAACGAAACAGCUGAAGAUCGUUUUUUAACAUCAGAUGUGGAAAACCAAAGUGUGUGUUUCAGUCUUAUUAAUUCAAACUAUAGUGAGGUCAGAUGGAAAAAUGUGAAAAUCAACUUUGACAAUGUUGGAGCGGGAUACCUUGCGCUGCUUCAAGUGGCUACUUUUAAAGGAUGGAUGGAUAUUAUGUAUGCAGCAGUUGAUUCUAGAAAGGUCACCCAGCAGCCAAAAUAUGAGGACAAUAUCUAUAUGUACAUUUAUUUUGUAAUCUUCAUUAUCUUUGGCUCGUUCUUCACCCUAAACCUAUUUAUUGGUGUCAUCAUUGAUAACUUCAAUCAACAAAAGAAAAAGUUUGGAGGUCAAGACAUCUUCAUGACAGAGGAGCAAAAAAAGUAUUAUAAUGCAAUGAAGAAACUGGGGUCAAAGAAACCACAGAAACCUAUUCCAAGACCAAUGAAUAUAUUCCAAGGUGCAAUCUUUGAUGUCAUCACACAGCAAGCAUUUGACAUUAUCAUUAUGAUACUCAUCUGUCUCAAUAUGAUAACCAUGAUGGUGGAAACAGAUGAUCAGACUGACGACACCGAGAAUGUGCUCUACUGGAUUAACGUGGUCUUCAUUAUUUUUUUUACCACUGAGUGUAUUUUGAAACUUUGUGCAUUGCGACACUACUACUUUACCAUUGGCUGGAAUAUUUUUGACUUUGUUGUUGUAAUUCUUUCAAUUGUUGGUAUGUUCCUGGCGGAUCUUAUAACAAAAUACUUUGUGUCACCCACCUUAUUCAGAGUAAUUCGUUUGGCCCGCAUAGGCCGAAUACUUCGCCUAAUCAAAGGCGCCAAAGGAAUACGAACCCUGCUUUUUGCCUUAAUGAUGUCAUUGCCUGCCUUAUUUAACAUUGGCCUCCUCCUUUUUCUGGUUAUGUUUAUAUUUUCAAUAUUUGGAAUGUCUAAUUUUGCCUACGUAAAGAAAGAAGUGCUAAUAGAUGACAUGUUCAACUUUGAAACAUUUGGAAAUAGUAUGAUCUGCUUAUUUCAAGUCACUACCUCUGCUGGUUGGGAUGGCUUAUUGUUGCCCAUCUUAAAUCGACCACCAGAUUGUGAAAUUCAUACAGAAAACCCAGGAACACCUGGAAAAGGUGACUGUGGAAAUCCUUCUGUUGGAAUCUUUUUCUUUGUCAGCUACAUCAUUAUCUCUUUUCUCAUUGUGGUUAAUAUGUAUAUUGCUAUAAUCCUGGAAAACUUCAGCGUCGCCACAGAAGAGAGCUCAGAUCCUUUGAGUGAGGAUGAUUUUGAAACAUUUUAUGAAAUUUGGGAGAAGUUUGAUCCGGAUGCAACACAAUUUAUCCAGUUCAGCAAACUGUCAGAUUUUGCAGAUGCAUUGGAGCAUCCUCUAAGAGUUUCUAAGCCCAAUACUAUUGAAUUAAUUGCCAUGGAUUUACCCAUGGUGAGUGGCGAUAGGAUUCAUUGUCUGGAUAUUCUGUUUGCCUUCACCAAGCGUGUUCUUGGAGAGGGAGAGCUGGAUAUAUUGCGACAGCAAAUGGAAGAGAGAUUUGUGGCCUCAAAUCCAUCAAAAGUGUCUUAUGAGCCUAUUACAACCACGCUCAGGCGCAAGCAAGAGGAAGUAUCAGCUUUAGUUAUUCAGCAGUCCUACAGACGGCACUUAGCAAAACGAGGAUUUGUUUGUAGAAAGCCGCCUUCUACUAAAAUGGAGAAUGGAAGAACAAAUAUGGACAAAAAAGAAGGCACUCCAUCCACUGCAUCACUUCCAUCUUAUGACAGUGUAACUAAACCUGAAAAAGAAAAACAGGAAAGAAUAGACGCAGUUAGAGCGAGAGUGAAAAAACAAAAAUCUGUCAGGGAUCCCAAGUAUUGAAAAAAAAUGUACAAAUUUCUCAUUUGCAAGUAAAGAUUGUUUACAAAUUUAAUAAAUAUAUCAAUGCAGAUCAGCUAAGGAAACACCUGAAGAAUAAUACCAAACAGUCUGUUUAUUGUGACAUUUUUGGAUUUAAAGCAGUGACCUACCACCUGUUUCAUGAACUAUAAGGAACCUUUCCAAAAAAUGGAUUUAUACUGUUGGGCAGGUGGCUACUGCAUGUUUCACAUCAAUCAAUGCAAUUUAGGAGAAACAAAAAAAACACUGCUAGGAUACAAUCCGUGAGCAGCCAAAUGGAGUUUAUUUUAUCAUAAUCUGAAAAUAAAAAAGCACCACUUAGGGGGUUUCAUGUAAACUAUAUUUGCAAUGUUACAUUAGUAAAGCAGCAAAACAAAAAUAGAAAAAAAAACCUGAAAUGUGGUAAAAAAAAAUAAAAAAACAAAAAAAAACAUUAA